AUAUGAGCAGAAUUCAUAGAAAACCCCUAAAAACUAUUGGCUGCAGAAGAACAGUUUCAUAACCCAAAAUGGCGGAUGCCCCAUCAAUUUCCCUCAAGAAAAAGCUAGAAGGCAAAGUAGCCAUAAUAACAGGCGGCGCUAGCGGCAUCGGAGAGGUCACCGCCCGCCUCUUCGCCGAACACGGUGCCCGCGGGGUGGUGAUCGCCGAUAUCCAACCGGAAAAAGGCAAAUCCGUGGCAGAAUCUAUCGGCUCGCAGAGCUGCAGCUACUUCCAGUGCGACGUCGCAGAUGAAGAACAAGUCAAGUCCAUGGUGGAGUGGACCGUGAAAACCUACGGUGGACUCGAUAUCAUGUACAGCAAUGCCGGAAUUACUGGCAGCUUCCACCAAACCAUACUGGAGCUAGACUUCUCGGAGUACGACGCGGUUAUGCGGGUCAAUGCACGGGGCAUGGCUGUGUGUGUGAAGCAGGCUGGGCGCAAGAUGGUGGAGCUGGGCACCAGAGGAGCUAUUAUUUGCACCGCCAGUGUGGCGGGGGAGGUCGGCGGAAUACUCCAGGCAGACUACACCAUGUCCAAACAUGCAGUGGUGGGGCUGGUGCGAGGGGCGAAACAACAGCUGGGAUUGCACGGGAUAAGGAUUAAUUCCGUGUCGCCCUCGGCGGUUCCGACGCCGUUUGUCGAAAAAGUGGGGCUUACGGCCGAGGAUUUGGAAAAGACUUUCGGGCCUUUGACUAGCUUGAAAGGGGUGUCGCUGACGGCGGAGCAUGUGGCGGAGGCGGUCCUGUUUCUGGCUUCCGAUGACUCGGCUUUUAUCACGGGGCAUAACUUGAGGGUCGAUGGUGGGCUGAUCUGUCUACCCUUCUUCAAGCCAGAAUAAAAUCGACAUGAAGAGAUAUAAUUACUGAGAAGUGAUUCUCGUAAUAAAUUUAAUAAACAAAUAAGAUUACCAACCUGUGUAGGUGAUCACAAUUAUAUGAAAAAUUAUAAUUUAAAUCAGGUCAGAUCAAAUUGAAUCAAUCACAAUAAAUAUACAAUAUACUUAUUAUGUGAUUAGUUAUUUUUCUUAAAUUAUAUACUAAUCAUAUAAAAGUAUAUUAAAUUUUAUUUUGUAGCUGGUUUUUGAUCUGAUCAAAACUAUCCAGCUACAAUUUCCCCACAAUCUGAGUAUGUGCUGCUGUUGUAAUUUUAUUUUAUGAAUUGAAUGAAGUGUGUUUUACUUUGAAAACUUUA